AUGUCUGACGAUGGCUCCGAAAUCAACGACCCUCGCCUUAUCCCAACUUCAUCCACCCCUCCACCUUACUCUGACCGCCAGCCAUCCAAAGGUGCUGCCGCCAUCCUCCAAUUCUGGCUCGACGACCAUGACGACAGAUCCCUCCUUUCCACCCUCACUGAUCCCCAGUUUGCCGCGCAAUUUGCGAGUGAAGUGGAGGGGGUAGAUGACGUCGAACAAGUCACAUCUUGGGCACAAGAAGCGCUGAGCUUUCUCCCGCGCGAGGCGCAGGCUUCUAUGCUAUUUGGUCUUAGCGGUAUGUCGGAAGAAGUUGAAGGUCUCGCCUCUGGCUCGCGGCAGGAAGAGUUUCAGCAAUUCGUCAAUUCAGCGAUGCAAGACGCGCAAUGGAAGGCUCUUGCAGAUAGCAUGUGUGUUGAGACUUUGGCGGAAGCUCUUCGGCAGCUAGAGGUGGACCAUUCUGCAAAGGCGAGGCCACAACGCAAAUUCACUGCUGAUACCGUCACUACCAGCAUGUCUUCAGUCUUUGACGCUAAUGGCUCCGAAGACACGACCAUGGCAUAUUCGCCUUUUACUGAAGAUUUGGAAUACGAUGAAACCGAUGAGCAGGUGAGACAAGGAGUAGAGGGCAAGGAAUUCUUAUAA